AUGAGCUUCAAACUUAUAAAGAGCCAUUUACUACACUUGAAGGCAAUUGCCAGAUCUAAGAAAAGUAACGGAGUAGAGGUAGCAACCCAGAUGUCUGAAGGUACACCGAAUAAUGAUGUUGGCGAUGAUCUGGCUGGCGAGGUGCGCAUUGGAUUGAGUGAGAGCGAGAAAGAGAAGCAUCUGUUGCAGUACUUGCUCAAUUGCCGAGGUGUAUGUCAUGAGAAUGUGCUUUUGAAGGUAAUGUUACUUAUGGAGAACGAGCAAGGGGAUUUGGAACAAGGGCUCAGCGUGUUCGAGUGGCAGGCAAAGUUGCAAGAGCGUGUGGCUCGGAUCAAUCUGAAGUUACAACCACUUAAAUACCAGGUAAAGAAGGCUAUAUAUGGAUCUGGGAGAGCCAUUGUGAGUGAGAAAGUCAGAAGUCAGCUUGAACUUAACAGUGCGAACUCGUUUGGUAAAGUCAACUUUCCAAACAGCAGUCAGUAUUAUGUAUACAUCGACACUUCCCCAUUUGGUGAGAUGAAGCAUGCCACUACUUUCACAGACAAAGAACUUGAGUAUAUUAAGGCCUUCAUAAAAGUGUUAGCCGAUAGAGGUAGUGUAAUACACGAAGUCGAUGAUGUUAGUGGGGUAGACAGCAAAAUCGUUGAACAAAUAGACGAAAUCAGACAGAAAGCAUAUGGUAACAAGCGCCGGCAUGAUUCAGAUGUUGAGUCAGGUCCAGAGAACGCUGAAAACAAUGAGCCUGUUCAAAGCUCUUCAGUUUCUCGUUGGACGCACUAUGCUAGUUAUACAGCUGAUAUAGCUGCACUUACGGAUACUACUGACUUGCAACCGCUAGAGACGCAGGAGUUGCUGGACAAACUAUGUAGACUAAGAUGGCUAUACAAGACAGGUAAAGGAAAAUAUGGGCUGGAUCUGCGUCUUUUAGUGGAAAUGAAUGACUAUCUUAGCGAUAACUACAGCAUGAGUAGUUGUGAACGCUGCAAAGAUAUAGUGGCACAGGGUGUGCAGUGUAGUACGAGGGAUUGCAAUAGCGUGUGGCAUGUAGAUUGUUAUGAGCAUGAUAUUCUACAUGAGAACCGUAUUUGCAGGAGCUGUGGGGAAUCGAUUCUGGAUCGUGGUGUAUACGUCACCUAG